CACUGGCUUUCUACCCCCCUUCAGGGGGGUUAGGUACCAUUUGAGUGAGUUUGGGAGCAGAAAUCGACCUACCAAUGCAAGAGAACUGUUCAACCUGAGACACUCAUCACUUAGAGUAACUGUGGAGAGGGCUAUAGGUGCAUUGAAGAACAGGUUUCGUAUCUUGGACAACAAGCCCUUUCACAAGUAUAAGACACAAGUCAAGCUUGUGUUGGCAUGCUCGAUCCUGCAUAACUGGAUUUUAGGAUUUGGCAUUGAUGAAGUAGUGCCUGAUGAGGAUGGUUUCACUGGCACACAACAAGAUCCACUAGAUGACAAUGGUAGCCAGAGCCAAGAAUCCAGUGCCAUGGCUGCAAAGAGGGAUGCCAUUUGCAAUGUUAUGUGGGAAGGGAGGGGAAGCUCUAGGAUAUGAUGGUUUGUUUACCCUGCUAUGGAACUCAUGUUUGUUUGAUGAUAAUGUAAUAAUAUGAUGGACAUGGCUGAGACCAAUUUUUUUAUUCCCAUUUGUCUCUUCUUGUUGUGCUGAUAUUAUUAUACUAAUUUGUACAUGCAAACCAGUGGUAAGAUGCCUUCAGUCCCAGCUGGUGAUCAGGGUGGGUUUGUCCCAGCUACUGAUGUGAUGACUGAGAUGAUAAGGGUUGGUGCUAGUGCAGCAGCUAACGCUGAUGAUGCUACUGCAUCUAGUGCCGGUGCUGCUCCAGCAGCAGCUGGUCUUGUUGCUGCUGUUCCCGGGGGUCCUAGGGCAAUGAGGUGGAACAACAACACCUCUGGAUUUAUUCUUAGGAGGAUGGCUCAACUACUUAGUGAUGGUAGCAGGCCUGACAAGGUCUUCAAGGACAAGGAUGUCAACUCUGUGGCCAAAGCCCUUAAUGAGUACAGUGGGGAGGCAGUGAGCCCAACUCAGGUGUAUAACCACUUGAGGAAAUGGAGGCAAAAUGGGUCUAGGGUGUCUAAGCUCAAAGACCUUAGUGGGGCUUUAUGGGAUAGUGACUCCAAUGCUAUCUUGCUUGAUCAGGAGCACUACCUUGGCCACUGCAAGGACCAUCCAAAAGAUGCAGAGUUCCUAAACUGCCCUAUUAGGUUCUACACUGAGAUGGAGGCCAUUUUUGGCCAUGCUAUGGCCACUGGUAAAUUUGCACUUGGUUCUGGUGAAGCCUUAGGACAGAACCAGGUUGAUAGUGUUGCUGCCAAGGUUGAGGGACCUGCCUUCACCUAUAUCUCAGAAGAGAGAGCACAAACUGAUGUUGGAGAGGGUAGCAAGGCCACCGAGAUCCCCUCCAUAGCUGUGGGUAGGAAGAGGAAGAGAGGGAACUUCAGUGAGGAUGAGAUGCUUAUGUUGACCAAUAUGUCUGAUGCAGUGAACAAUGUGGCUAAUGCCCUUAGAGAGACUGGACCUGCCCAUGUGGAUGGUAACCUCUACCUAGCUAUGAUGGAGAUGCCUGGCUAUUCUGAGGAGGCACUGAUUGUUGCCUACACCUUCCUCCUGGACAACAAGGCUCAAGGCAGGGGCUUUGUUCACAUGACUGAGGCACAUAGAAACAUUUGGCUUAGGACCUUCCUAGCCAAGAACUACUACAUGUAGGUCAAUUACAUGUUGG